CCGAGCGCCCUGGGUGGAGACGGAGACGCAGAAGAGGCCGAGGACUUCACCUCCUCCUCUCACUGCUCGGAGCUGUCUCGGCGGCAGAACGAGCAGAGGAAGCAGGGUUUGUUCUGCGACGUGACGCUGGCCUUCAGCAGCGGGGCGGCUACCGGGAACGUCCAGAGCUGCGAGUUUUCAGCCCACAGGUCUGUCCUGGCUGCAGCUACCGACUAUUUCACCCCUUUGCUGGGAGGACAGUUCUCCGAGUCCUUGUCUGGACGGGUUGAGAUGAAGGAAUGGAGCUCAGAGCUGGGUCCGGACCCGGACACGGUGGAAAGUGUCAUUCAGUAUAUGUACACUGGAGAAAUACGCGUUAGCACUUGCAAUGUACAUGAAGUACUGGAGCUAGCCGAUAGGUUCCUCCUGCUGCAGCUGAAGGAUUUCUGUGGUGAGUUCCUUAAGAAGAAGCUUAGCUUGACCAACUGUGUGGCAGUGCACAGUCUAGCCCACAUGUACACCCUGGACCAGCUGGCUCUGCGGGCUGCAGACAUGAUCCGCCGCAACUUCCAUAAGGUUAUCCAAGAUGAGGAGUUCUACACGCUGCCCUUUCACCUGGUUCGUGACUGGCUGUCUGAUGCAGAGGUCACAGUGGACUCUGAGGAGGUGCUAUUUGAGGCUGUGGUGAAGUGGGUGCAGAAGAAUCCAGAUGAGCGAAGCCGUUACUUUGAGGAGCUGUUCCGACUCUUGAGACUGCCCCAAAUCAAGCCCACCUACCUGACUAGGGUGGUGAAGAAUGAGCGCUUGGUAGCUGCCAACGAGGCCUGUCUCCGGCUGGUGUCAGAGGCAGUUGAAGGUCAUGCUAUUCGCUUUGAGAACCUCAAGUCGGCUGAUAUGGAGCUCUGGUCUUCCCACAUGGCCUCCUUCCAGCCUCGCUUUGGCCAGAACAUGGAUGUUAUCAUGGUAGUGGGUGGAGUGUCAGAGGGAGGGGACUAUCUGAGCGAGUGUGUGGGCUACUUCAUUUAUGAGGACCGUUGGGUCAACCUGCCACACAUCCACAAUCACCUGGACGGCCACGCCAUUGCUGCCACAGAGUCCUAUGUCUACGUAGCAGGUUCUAUGGAGCCUGGCUUUGCUAAGACGGUGGAACGUUAUAACCCUAAUCGCAACACGUGGGAGCAAGUGAGCAACUUGACUACACGCAAGCACUCAUUUGGCCUCACCUGCAUUAAGGAUAUACUAUACAGCAUUGGUGGCCAUGGAAACUUCAGUCCAGGUUUCAAAGAUGUCAGUGUGUAUGAGCCUGAGCAGGACAAAUGGCACAACCUGGAAUCUGCCCCCAAAAUCUUGCGGGAUGUGAAGGCAGUCAGUGUGGAGGACCGCUAUGUGUAUGUGACUGCACGCACACCUGUUGACACAGAUAAUGAGGAUGGACUGAAGACAGUGACUGCUCGGUAUGACACAGAGAGCCGCCAGUGGCAAGAUGUUGACUCCCUGCCCCUUAUUGACAACUACUGUAUCUUCCAGAUGGCUGUGGCCUCUACCAACUUCUACCACACAGCGUCCUGCUGCCCCAAGAGCUACUCGGUACGAGAUGAGGUUGCCAGGCAGAAGAUCAGCCUGCGUAUCUCCGAUGAGAUCCUGGAAAGCCUGCCACCAGAGGUUACCAGCAUCGAGGGUGCUGCCAUCUGCCACUUUGAUGAGGAUGUCUUCAUCAUUGGAGGCUGGAAGAACAGUGACGAUGUGGACAAGCAGUACCGUAAGGAGGCCUACCGCUACUGUGCUGAGCGUAAGCGCUGGAUGCUGCUACCCCCAAUGCCUCAACCUCGCUGCCGAGCCACUGCCUGCCAUGUACGCAUCCCCUAUCGUUUCCUGUAUGGCUGCCAGCGCUACCCCAUGCCCCAGAACUUGGCCCGCCAGCGAGACCGCAUGCAGCAGAUGCAGCAGCUACAUCGGCGUACCCUCACCCUGCGCCGGCAGCUCCAGUCACAGAUUGAGUGUUAAGUGUUAAACUACAGGGUUGGGUCUGAGGGCGUAAACCACCAUUCCAUCACAGCUGUCAUCAUUACCCCCAUUCAUAGAUAACAUGCUGUAGCAGGUCCUAUGUUGCUCUCAUACUGCAUUUUAUUAAACAGAACUGUGUGCUAUUAGAGCUCAUGCCGUGUUGUGUUAAAGGCUGAUUUGUGGAAAGCCAUGAAAUGUGUGGGCGUGUUGAUCUGUGAGGAGCAAUGUAAUGGCAAAUGUAAACAUGUGAAUAAGAGUGCUAUAUUGCAGGCAAUAACUGACUAUCAUUCUGUCAAAUAUGUUGGCAUAGAUGCUGUUUAUCUGUUUGUACAUAAAAAUUAUAAAGCCAUAUAUGUAUACAUUUAUAUGGAUAUUUUACAUUCCUUUAUUGUAUGCCUGUACGUGGAAGGAUAACAAAAAAAAAAACACAUUCCUACAUUCAGUCCUGCUUAAUGAAGUCUCAUUCCAUUUUAACACUGUGACAAUCUCCUCAUGCAAGUAUAAAAUCUGUCAAAGUCUAACUUAUAGAUGCUUUAUUAGAAUGGCUCUGCUUGUUUCUGUGUAACCUCAACAAUUACAUAUGACUUGAUUCAGAAAGACUGCUCAUCUUAAAAUCCUGGAAACUAGGCUGCUUUUAGAGUGCAGUUUCCCCUUAAACAGUUGUACAGAGUAUAUUUCUGUUGUAUUUGUUGCUCAUGUAACACUAUAGAACUAGCAGGUUUCUGAAGAGAUGAAAUGAUGAAACCGGUAAUGUCCAAAAUCUAUGAUAUGAUGUAAUUAAGUCAUUCCUUUAAGUUGUCUUAACAUUUCAUUGGAACACUACAUUAAGCGCCAAUCUUUGGCAGUGGCUCUGGCAUUCCUUUGUUUUGCACUUUGGCAGUCUAUUCCUCAGUGUGUUCCCAUUCUUUCAGGAAAGAUGCACUAUAAAUGUUUCUGUUUGUGAGUGUGGGGGUGUGUGGAUUUGUGUUUGCAGAAGGUUCUGUUGUCACGUUGCAAACGAUGGCAAAAGCUUGUCUAGAGCUGGACUUUGUGUCAUCUGAUUGAUUGUAAAGUCUUAAGGGAUUUAAGUUGCCACAACACUUGGACUUAGCCUGUUUCAUAUCAGACAAGGUGACUGUAUUUAUGGAAAUGCUUUUUUUUGCCAGUUGCAGCUAGUAUUUUUUGAUCUACUAUGGAAAAACCAUACUAUAAUAAUUUCAUAUUUGUUCUUAACAUUAAAUGUCUUGUAAAACCUUGUAUUACUGUACUUCCCUUCCAGCUGGGUGUUUACUAGAAAUCUGCUAUGUUGUUCUGUGGUCUUCUUUCAUCCUCUAGAGACCAGAUCAGAUGAAAUUAAAUCAGACUUCUAGGCAAACCAAAGGGAUUGUUAUAGGAGUGUGUUGUGACUGACAUUCAUAAAUUCCCACUGUCCAUGCAGCACCUAUUGCAGCAUAAAGGUCACAGAGAGCAGAAAUGAUAUUCAUUUCCAUUUUAUGACCAACAUAAAUAGCACUGAAAAUAUCAAGUGGAAUAAGCUAUGUAAUUUGCUUUGCACGUGAUAGUCUUACACUGUGUCCUUAUAUUGGAUGUAAGAAAAGCAAAUGUCAUCACCUGCAAAUAAAGUUGUUUUGUAA